CUAUCUCAAUGUUUCAAUAGGCAUCGGCGCGAGGUUGAAUCCCAAAGUAUAAAGCUUGGCAUUACGAGGCAUCAGGACUUGUUAAGGAUCGCGAUUCAGCUACACUUCACCCAGUGGACACCUUGCCACGUCUCAACGGUUUUCACUAUUCGAAUCAGCAACUCAACUCUCUGCCUAAAAUGUCAUUCCCAUAUAAGCAAGUACUUCUAGUAGGUGCCACAUCGGGCAUUGGAGCAGCAAUGGCGGAUAAGCUUGUCGAAAACGGCAUCAAAGUCAUCGCUGUCGGUCGGCGCCAGGAACGACUAGAUGCAUUUGUCAAGAAUCACGGCUCAAGCAAGGCAGCCUCUGUCCGGUUUGACGUUACAGAUAGGGCAGGUCUCAAUGAUUUUGUGAAGAGGGUUUUUCCCGAUCUGGACUGUGUGUUCAUCAACUCAGGAAUCCAAAGUCAGAUCAAGUUGUCGGAACCUAGCAGUGUUGAUCUUGAUGCCUUUCGGGAGGAGAUAAACGUCAACUUCUUGAGCGUUGUCGACAUUUUGAUCAUUACCGGCACCCACCUUUCUCUGAUUCCGGCAGUGACUUUACCAGCAUACUCUGCCUCCAAGGCAGCUCUUCAUGCCUUUGUUUACUCUCUGAGGCUACAACUACAAGGGUCUAGCACUAAGAUCGUGGAGAUCUGGCCUCCCUUAGUGCAAACCGAAUUGCAUGAUUACAUGGGCGAGGAGAAAGGUCGAUCGAUGGGAAUGCCCGUUGAUGCGUUUACCAAUGAGACAUACAAGUAACUUGUUUCGGGUACUGAACACGUUCUGGUUGGCUCAGUUGGCCCGGAAGAAGCAUUUUUGGAAUUGGUCAAGGCAAGGCAGAAACAGUCGGGUGAUUCGUCAAAAUUCAUGCUCUCACACCCCUAGGGAGAGAAGAUGCCAAAAGCUUGAAAGUCUUGGCGGUCCACUCAAAUCCUCUCGCUGCUCAAUCUCACCGUGGAUCAGAUGCAACUUAGGUCACAAUGGAACAACAUUGAGAUGGCCAAGCGUGUUCAGAAUGUCAUUUUAC